GCCGGAGCGGGCUCGGGAGGAUCUCGCGAGACUUGGGCGGCGCCGCGGAGCCCGGUUUGAACGGCAGUAACGGCGGUACCGACCCUCCCAAGAGCCUGUUUGUGGAAGGUGAUCGGCUCCGGAGAGCUUUCAGCCUGAGUGUGCAGCGUGGGAGGUGCAGGUGGAGUGGAAGAAUAAGAUCAGGAGAUACUUCAAUGGGCUUCUGGAGUGUUGAAUAAAAAAAGAAAAAUGGAGGCAGAGACCAUUUUAAGUCUUAAACAGCAACUCAAGGAAGCAGAGAACGAGCGAAGAAAGGCAGCACAGUAUGGUUUGCAUUUACUGGAGUCCCAGAGUGAGAUUCAGAAUAAGCUGGAUCAAGCACGCUCUGAAUUGACUGAGAAAACUGAGAAAUUUGAACAAGAGAAGUACACACUCCAGAGAGAAAUUGAACUCAAGAAUCGAAUGUUGGAAAGUUUGAAUUUUGAGUGUGAGUCCCUUAAGCAACAGCAAAAUGUGCAACUGGAUAAGCAGAAAGAGCAGCUUGACAGAGCCUAUGGACAAGAAAUCAGUGGCCUUAAAAACAAGUUGGAGAACCUGAAGGCAGAACUGGAUGAAACCCGACUCUCAGAGAAACAACUGAGACAAAAAGUGGAGCAUCAGAAGGAAAUCAUUGCUGCCAAAUCAGAAGAGCUGCACAUGAUGUCUGAGCGUGUCCAUGAGACCAUGUCCUCAGAAAUGCUCAGCCUGCAGAUAGAGCUCACUGAGCUCCAGAGUCAGAAGGCCAGUGAUGAAGAGAAGCUGAAUGAGCUGCAGUGCAGCAAGGAGCAGUUGGAGCUCAUGAACAGCAACCUACGGAACCAGCUGGAGCGGCUGCAGGGGGAGAAAGAGGAGAGGGAAAAAGAAGUUGUCUCUUACUGCAAUGCAUUAGAGAAAGCUCAUGAGGCUAAUCAGGAGCUUCAGGUUCAGCUGGAUCAUGCAGUGCAGCAAUCUUUGGAUCCUACAAGUAAAGGCAAUUCUCUCUUUGCUGAGGUGGAGGACCGUAGGGCAGAAAUGGAACGGCAGCUGAUCAGUGUGAAAGUAAAAUAUCAGUCCCUACAAAAACAGCAUGCAUUCAGUAGAGAACAAUUGCAAAGAAUGAAGCUGCAGAUGGCUACACUGCUGCAGCUGAAAGGCUCCCAGGCAGAAUUUGAUCAGCUGGAGCGUUUACAAUCCAUGGUAGAGCAAAAGAAUGGUGAAAUACAAGAUCUUCUUAUGAAAGUGAGGCAGCUAGAAAAAUUUAAGAGCUUGUAUGAGAAUAUGAAGGAGUCCAGACCUGCUAAUGGAGCGAAAGAAAGCGACUCUGAGAAUGGUUACUAUGCAGAUUUACUGCAAAUUAAACUUGACAACUCAAACAAGGAAACUGAAACAUUGAAAGAUGAGCUAUCCCUGCAGAGAAUGAAAGCUCUGUAUGAGAGCCAAAGGGUCCUGGAAUUGGAAAGGAAGCUCUUCACAAACGAGAGGCAUUUGCAGGCUUGUCAGAGUGAGAAUAUGAACCUGAGGGUUAUGCUGGAUGAGCUGAAAAUGAAGUAUGAGCCUGAAGAAUUACUGAAAGGUUCUAAAAUUAAAAAGAAGAGGGAGAGGAUUCCAGUGAAUGCAACUUGUGAAUACUUUGACAGCCAAAAUACUCCAGUGAAAGAAACUGCUCUCACUCAAUUGUCAAGUAAGGAAGGGAAAAAGACAACUACCAAGACCCUGGAGCAAAGUGAUGCUUCUCCAAAAAAACAGCCUGUCCAAGCAUCCCCACUGCACACAGCUCUGCAGGCAAUAAGAAACAUUGUUGAACCUGAAAGAGAAAGAAAAAGAGUUAAAAUUCAGGAUGAGAAUCACGUCACCUUUACUUCGAGUAGCAGAAGUGGAAACAAUUCCUCAGCUCCAGCUGUCCCCAGGUUAACAGCUGAAUCCAGAUUUGAAACUACAGAAGAAGAUGAGAGAGAAACUAAAAUCUCAACAGAGAAGAAAACCCAGAAGAAAAAAUAUUCCACAUUGUAUGUAUCUUCUAAGGCAAGUUGUGAAACUCAGUGUGCUCAGCAGUGAGUGACUCCUCAGGGACCCUGGGCACUCUGGGGUCCUGCAGCAGCAGGAGCUGCUCUGGGAGCUCCCUCUCAUCAGUGCCCAGGUUGUGAACUUGGACAUUGAUCUGCCUGCUGUGAUUGCCUGGCAGAGCUGCACUUCUGGUGCCUUCCCUGAGGGCACCUCUGGUGUUGCCUUGGCCCAAAGCGUGGCCUGUCCCCCACUCCUGGCCGGCUCCAAACACAUUCAUUGCUGCCUUUGAAGCACAGGGCUGUUGUGGAGGACAAGGUCUGGCUAACAGAGCUUCUAUUAUAUGGUAAGACAGAGUAGACAGGGUUGAUGGAGAACUCAACUAAGUGAUGUGCUCCUAAAUUUUUUCCACUUUCCAGAUUCAGAUUUCUUAAUAUUUUUCCUCCUAAAGUAUUACUUCUCCACUGUAAGGCUGACCUAUUUACAAAAGUGCAUGUGAAUCACUCCAUGUGUUUUGUUGGUCAGUGUUUGAAAUUUUAUUGAUUCUUGUAUUUGUACGAUUAAUUAAAAUAAAGCUUUAUUUCUUUCUUUAUACAAUGUAGCCUGUAUUGUAUUUGAGAAGAAACAUGUAUCCAUUUUUUAAAUGAAGGUGAUGUCUUUUGUAGAACUUUUUGUUAAAAAAAAAAGUACCUCAAUAAAUGAUAAGAAUGUGUAAUGCA